GGGUCCAUUAUUUAAAAUAUUACACAUGAAUCAAAGUUGUGACUUCUGUUUUAAUAUAUAAGAUAAUAUACUGCAUAAACAUCACAAAUGCACAUUUUUGUUCUUUCUUCUUGCAUGACAUUAAAUCAAAUAUUAAACAUGUGCAUAAGCUACUUUUUGUUCUUUCUUCUUGCAUGACAUUAAAUCAUAUAUUAAACAUGUGCAUAAGCUACACAUGAUCUAGUGGUUGACGAAUUUAUAGGGACUAAGCAAAUCCAGUCAUAGACUUCUCCAUGGGUCGUCUUUGACGUUCUUCGAUGUCAACUUGUCAAGUGGAUACAAAAAAUAAUAAAUUAAAACAAACGGCCUAAGACCCAAGAGGUGUGAAUUAGCAAGCUUCCUAAAUUACUCACAUUUAUAUUAUUUUUUCCUUCUCUUUACUUGCACAUCAUAAUGAUUUUGAAUUAUAUAUAUAGUAACUGGCCAACCUUGUUCCUAAUAACUUGCAUUAAAACCUCAUAAUCAUAUCAUCCUCUUCCCCUUUCCUUUUCGUUUCCACCGACGACGUCGAUCAACCAUUCGCCUCCAUCUCUACCGGAGAUUCUCGCCGAUUAUCCCUCCCCGGUCUCGUCUCUCUGUAAUCUCUUUCAAAAACCCAUCUCUGUUUCCGAAACUAUCGACCUUGAUUCCGCUCCUGAAUCUGGAAUCUCCCCGAUUCGGAUUCAAAGCCUUUGACUUUCCUCUACAAUCGAAGAUCUCUUUCGAUUUCAAACCGACCCAUCAUCGAUUUCACGAUCCCGUCUCGUUGAUGAACACAACUAGGGUUUGCGGUGAGGUCUCCAAAUCCGCGACAAAACCUCUCACUGUGUCGACCUCCCUCACGGAAACCGUCAACGGCUUCCACGAAUUCAAGAUCAGCGGCUACUCUCUCACCAAAGGCGUCGGAGUCGGCAAAUACGUCGCCUCCGAUACCUUCACCGUCGACGGUCACUCGUGGGCUGUCUACUUCUACCCAGACGGAAAGAGUCCGGAGGAUAACUCCUCUCACGUUUCUCUGUUCAUUGCCUUGGCGAGCGAAGGAGCCGAUGUGAGGGCUUUGUUCGAGCUCACGCUUGUUGAUCAGAGUGGCAAUGAGAAGCAUAAGGUUCAUAGCCAUUUUGGAAGAGCGCUCGAGAGCGGACCCUAUGCUCUUAAGUAUCGUGGAAGCAUGUGGGGAUACAAGAGGUUUUUCAGGAGGGAUAAUUUAGAGACAUCAGACUAUCUCAAGGACAAUAGUCUCUUGGUUCGGUGCCGUGUCGGUGUGGUGAAGUCUUGCACCGAGGGACCGAGGGACUACAAUAUCAGUGUACCAGUUUCUAACUUGGGCCAACAGUUGGGGAGUCUUUUGGAAAGUGGGAAAGGCUGUGAUGUUACUUUUGAAGUCGAUGGAGAAACUUUCUCUGCUCACAAACUUGUUCUUGCAACGCGUUCUCCAGUUUUCAGGGCGCAGCUUUUUGGACCGUUAAGAGACAGAGACACCGACCGUAUAGAGAUAGAAGACGUGGAGGCCCCCAUUUUCAAGGUUUUGCUACAUUUUAUCUACUGGGACGAAUUGCCUGAUAUGCAAGAGCUAAUAGGCACAGAUUCCAAAUCGGCUUCUACUCUUGUGGCUCAGCAUCUGCUUGCAGCGGCAGACCGGUAUGCUCUUGAGCGGCUUAAAGCAAUCUGCGAGUCAAAACUUUGUGAAGGAAUCACCGUAAACACUGUUGCAACCACCUUGGCCCUAGCGGAGCAGCACCAUUGUUUCCAGCUAAAAGCAGUCUGUCUCAAAUUCGUGGCGUCGCCAGAGAACUUGAAAGCUGUGAUGCAAACGGAUGGGUUUGAUUAUCUAAAAAGGAGCUGUCCAUCUCUACUAACUGAGCUAUUGAAGUAUUUGGCGAGGCUUAGGGAACACUCUGUAACUGCACCGGGACAUCCAAAAGAUAUAUUUGCUGAUGGUUGUGAUUCCAAUGGAAGAAGAGUGAAGCAACGGUUGCAUUAAACAGAAUUGUGCAUUGUAUAAUCACUGUUAAAGAUAAUGGCUGAUCUGAAACUAUCUGAUCCAGCAAGUACAAUGAAUCCUUUUCAAUCUUUGUAUUAAGAUCAAAUAUCCAAUGAAAUUUGGUUACUAA